AUGUCCAUUUACACACGAAAUGAGAAACCAGACAAGAAUCAAAUUCUAGAACUCUGUAAGGAGUUCACCUGGAGUCAAUCUCUGGUCUCUCCAACAGACAGACAUAAUAUAUCUUCUCCCCAAGUAGCUUUGGUCUCCGAAAUGGCCUCUUACAUACGUCAAUCCAAAGGUGUUCAUUACAGAGACAUUGAUGCACAUGGGUGGCUGGUUGACUUUCUUAAUGACUACAAGCAUGAAGAAUACCUGGUUCCAACAUCUCGAUUUAGUCGUUGGAACUACAUGCUCAUCCCUGAGAAUGAAUAUUUUCAUCGAAAAAACAAUCCCAACCAGCACCACCACCACCAACAACAACAACAACAACAACAACAACUACCUCUAAUUACUUAUUCCCUAAAUCCAAAGAAAAACGAUUUUCUUUUUGUCAUGUUUCCACCCACUACUUCUGGUGACCGUGUUCACAGAUCCUUACCACAAACAAAUCGCAGCAAUAACUGCAACUUCAACACGUAUUAUCCCUCAGUUUCAUCUUCAGUAUCAUCUUCUUAUCAAGAAGGACAAGAUAAUCUUUCAAUAGAGCUUUACGACUUUUUAAAGGCAAGCAAAAGAAUGAAGGUUCAAAAUCAACGUUCUAAUAUUCUGAGGAAAAUAUCAAUGAUGUUGCAAGAUGUAUGGCCUGAGAAAAAAUUAAGAUUAGAAGUCUUUGGUUCUUCCGUAAAUGGUCUUGAUUUUGAAAACUCUGAUCUCGAUCUAUGUAUCGUUGUUCCCAAAGAAGAUUACAAAAAGGACCUUUACAAUAUGUCUCGCCUCAUGAAUGAGCCUUUCUCGGUCUACAACAUGCGCUUUGUUGAAAGUAAACUACGAGACAUCGGAAUGCUCAAUGUCAAAGCCAUCACAGCCGCGACUGUGCCGAUCUGUAAAUUCAAUGACCCUGUAUCCAAUAUUUGCUGCGAUAUAAACACCAACAACAUCCUUGGAAUCGACAAUUCAAAACUUGUGAAAGCUUAUUCGUUUCUUGAUACAAGAGUGCGUCCGUUCCUCUAUGCGAUCAAAUAUUUUGUAAAGUGCCGGGACAUCAAUGAAUGCAAGUAUUAA